AUGACAAACACCAAAGGAUAUCGACGAGGCACAAGAUAUUUAUUCUCUCGAAAGUUCAGACACCAUGGACCUCUGCCAUCUUCGGUUUAUAUGCGAGUGUAUCGACGUGGUGAUAUAGUAGAUAUAAAGGGUGAUGGUGGUGUCCAAAAGGGUAUGCCCCACAAGUCAUAUCAUGGUCGAACUGGUCGCGUUUAUAACGUCACUCCUCAUGCUGUUGGGAUAAUCGUAAAUAAACGUGUCGGUAAUCGUAUAAUUCCUAAACGAAUAAAUGUAAGGAUUGAACAUGUGAAGCCCAGUAAGUGCAGAGAAGAUUUCCUCCGUCGUGUGAAAGAGAAUGACGUAAAAAGACGGGAAGCAAAAGAAAAGGAUGUGUUUGUUCAGUUGAAGCGACAGCCUGCCCAGCCAAGCGCAGCUCACUUCGUGAAGACCAAAAAUAAUCCAGUUGUCACCGUCCAUCCGCUACCGUAUGAACUCAUCGCUUAA